GGGGCUAGCUGCUUGUCCUCAGCGACGACGAACGGCUUUCCACGAUGCGGAAGAUUUCCUAUGUCCUCACCUUUUUCCUGGCGACAGCCAUCCUCAUUCUUAACGCCUUCUCCGCGCGGCAGACCAACUGGGUCGUGACCAAGGACCAAGACCACGUCGAGGGGCACGUCAGUGUCCGCUACGGGCUCGACAAGCGCUGCGAGCGGCAGGUCAUCUUCGUCCCCAUCGACCCCGACCCUUCGGACCCCUCGAAGAACAAGGGCCGCCUCGCGUACACGGACUACGUCUGCCGCAAGUUCCCCACGCGCGUCACCGACGCGUGCGAGACGGACAACGCGGGCUUCUGCGCGGCGUGGACGAGCGCGGGCUACUUGGAGGAGCUCGCGAUCGGCUUUGGCGCGAUUGCGCUGUUCGCGAUCCUGGUCGGCGUGAGCUCGGGCUCGCGUCGCAGGCGGGUGUGGCGCGCGGUCUCGGGACUGAUUUUGCUGCAAGCUGCCCUGCAGAUUAUCGUGUUCGCGAUUGUGACGCACGAGCUAAGGACGUCGGCCUACCCUGCCUUCAAGGGCGGCAGCUUUGGCGGCGCGUACAUUCUGCAUGUCGCGACCUGGAUCGCUGGCAUCCUUCUCGGCGGCGCGGUCAUCACCACCGGUAUCUCCGCCGACCGUGGUCACAAGUGGGCUGCAGGCAACCGUGCAUACCAGCCCAUCGACGGUUAAAUGCAGUGUCUUUCGAGCUUCAAUGCACCAUGCUCGACGGCGAGAUACACGACCUCGACCGCAACUCUCAGCCUUGCGCAUCAAAUCUCCACUUUGACGAACCUCAUGACCUUACUAUCUGCGCCCAGGCCUAGCGUCUGCGCUUCUGCCGCCCGCCCUAGGCGUGGCGAGCUGUAUAAUACUCACAAUGGCCUUUUACCCAAUCAAUUUGUUGCUUUUGUUCGUUC